CGUCCUCUUCGACCGUCUCGGGGAAGAGGUUCUGUGCGAGCUCGUUGGGGUCGACGGUGGGGUAGAGGGAGUUGCCCGUGGCGGCGCCGGUGGAGGUGGUGGGUGCGGAGAAGAAAGGGGUGUUGAGAUCAGGGUGGGACUGGUCCACAUCCGGGUAGAGGCUCUGCUUGGCAUUCGAGGAAGCGAAAGCCAUGGUUGCGUAGCUGGUCGGUUGCUAUUUAAUUUUGCAUUCGGUUCUUACUAUGCUUCAGGGAUUAAGUGGUUGUAAUGACAUUGGGGUAGAUCGUGCUAAUUUUGAUUUGAUUUUUUCUACUUUUUCAGUACUUGAUGAUGAGGCCGUCAUGAGGAAACAACUCCACGAGGCGAGAGAACAGCUGGUGAGACAAAGGUAAGAGUGUUUUUUACCUAUAUAUGUUUGCUGACUGAUGGCUGCAGAUAUCUCUUCACAGAAUUUGUUGAGCAACAUUGGUACUAAUAUAUUCACUCUCUCUGUAGUUUGGAGGAAGGAACUUAGAAUUUGCUAAUCCUGAAGAAAGCUUAUUGUUUUUUUCGACUGAACCAACAAUUAUAUUUGGUGCUGAUGUCACUCACCCUGCUGCUCUAGAUGAUACUUCCCCGUCCAUUGCUUCUUUAAGCUCUUUUUCCGUUUACAAUACGGAUAGUACCAUCUUAUUACAAUAACACUUUAUGCCUGGUGGUUCCUUGUAGGUUGUUGCCUCCCAAGACUGGCCCUAGGUGGCUAACUAUAAUGGCAUUAUCCGUGCACAAGGUCACCGUCAAGAGCUCAUCGAUGGGCUGGAAAACAUUGUCAAGUACGAUCAUCAUCACCAUCUCUGAAAUUCAAAUGGCACCCCAUACCCGAUUGAGAGAGUUCCUUAAUUUGCAAAAUAUUUUUAGGGAACUCCUACUUGCAUUCGUGGAACGGUCUAAGCAGAGACCCAAGCAGCUGAUCUUCUACAGGGAUGGCGUAAGUGAGGGCCAAUUCAAACAAGUGCUGGAGCAAGAAAUCCAUGAGAUAGAGAAGGCAUGGACAGCUCUUUACAAUGAGAAGCCAAAGAUCACCUUCGUAGUGGUGCAGAAGAGGCACCACACAAGGCUCUUCCCCAGCAAACCAAAGGAUCGCCAAUACGCGGACAAGAGUGGGAAUAUUCGAGCUGGCACCGUAGUUGAUAAUAAUAUCUGCCACCCAACAGAAUUUGAUUUCUUCCUGUGCGGCCAUGCUGGGGCCAAGGGAACAAGCCGUCCUACGCAUUACCAUGUGCUACGAGAUGACAACACGUUCACCGCAGAUGUUUACGGGCUGAAUGCAUCUUCUUUUCUAUGCGUUGCAAUUCUGGGUACUUAUCUGGAAGCAGCUUGCUCCAAUUGA